AAAGUGAACAUUUGACACUCGUACGGAGUUUUCAUGUGUUCAGUGAUUUAUGUAGGCUACUUUAGCUUUUUGGAGUUAGAUUGUUACAUGUUUCGUUUUGCUAAUAAAAAUGUCUAUCUCUUGUUGAUAUUUUACAACUGAAGGUUAAAAAUUAGCUGGUGCAACUGUGUGGUUUCUGUGGAUUGCUGGAAGAUAUCAGUUUUGAGGCUUUAAGAAUUCAUUGUGAAGCAUUUCGGGUUCAUGAAAAGAAAAAUCAUAUUCUGAAAGUAGAAGACAGUUGUGUAACGAAUAUGACAGAUGGAUUUUUUGGAAUUGAUCCCACACGACUACCUACUCUGGGAUCAGGAAAACUUGAAGAAGAACCACUUACAGCUGAUGUGGAGGAUGACUAUGAUGCUGUGAAUGAUGAAACUUUUGGUGAUGGGGCCUUAGAAGAAGACUGGGAAGAAGAUCACAAGAAACUUGCUGCAUUAGAGGAGAAACAUAAACAGUAUACUUUCCCAAGUUUUAAUGAUUCAGAAUUGUAUGGAAGAUAUCAGACAGAAGACAAUCAGCAGGAAAUUGUGGAACAGAGUAUUUCCCAGUUAGGAUUAGAAGAUGACCUUGAUGAUCCUGCAGUCAUUACUGUUGGGCACCAUACGAAAUCUGACCCUGUCAACAUCAGUACAUACUCACGAUGCUCCCCUCCCCCUCCUGCUAUCUUUGAUUCUGAAGAUUGCGGAUCACCAAAAAUGCAUACUAUUUGGAGCCCUUCCUCAACACCCCAGAAGAAUGAAGAUCUGGCUGUUCUCUUAAAAUCACUUCAAAAGCAGUCUUCAAAAUAUGCCAACCAGAACUCAUUUUCAGGAGUUUCACAUUUAAUAAGUACCAGUUUCUCCACUUCAUCUCCAAGGUUGCUUCCAAAUGUGCGUACAGUGAAUGAAAUUGAACAGGAUUUGCUCCAAGAGUUGUCUCAGCCUACUGAACAAGAUUUGCUCCAGGAUUCAUCUCAUCCUGCUGUAAGAGAGUCUAUGUCAUUUGGGGCUGUUAGGGCAGAGCAGUUAGAGAAACAAGUUUUAGGUAUGCAUUCAUCAUCUCCACUAACCAAUCACUUUAUUUCACCACCUUCUCAAUCUGGAGGCCACUGGAGGUCGCCUCUCACUCAUAAAGCCCAUCAAGAUGAGAAAAAUUACCAUGAAUUGAGAAGAGAUCAACAGUGGAAAACAUCUAGCCCACAACUCCCCUUGAGCAACAAAAUAAGAACUUUAGAUGAUGUAGAAAAAGAUAUCCUUUUAAAACCACGUGCACAGUCAGUACAGGAAGUUGAAAGGCAUUUGCAAGAAAGUUCCAGAGCUAAAAGGUCUUCUCCUGUGUCUGCCCUAUCUGGGUCAGUUCCAGUGCCAAUGGCCUCUCACAGUCAAGGUUUUAUGUCUCAGCCUCCUAUUGGUACUCCACCCCAGGGAACUCCGUAUCACCUCCUUGGUUCACAUAUGGUCAACAGUCCACCAGUUUCAGUCAUCCCAGUAGCUGGCCGGUCUUCUCCUGUUAUGUUAACCACUGGACUUGGUAAGCUACAGUUUAGCUGCAUAAAUAUUUUGAGUAUGUUGAAGUUCAUUGUUUUGUUUUUUGCAGAUCAUAUACCUAUAAAUCAUUUGGGAGUUAGAACACCACCUGUGUUUGGAGCUUGUUCACCAAGCAUUCAUCCUCAGCCAGGCUUAAGACACAUGUUACAUCCGAGACAAAUUCCACAUCCUCUACUUAACAACUGGCAAAACAGGCCACAAUACCCUCGAUUCUACAACCGUCGCCAUGAACAAGACAAUAGAAUGAACAACUCAAGUGGCCCUUCAUCGGAUAGCUAUGCUAAUUUAAUGACACAAAAAGAGAAAGAUUGGCUGAUUAAAAUUCAAAUGUUGCAGCUGCAUACAGAUAAUCCCUAUGUGGAUGACUACUACUACACUAUGUUUUUACUAAAGAAAACUCUACAGAAGAAACACCAGAAUGGAGGUCUUGGUGAUGAGCCUCAAUUAAUAAUCCCAGAAAAAGGAAAACAUGAAGUGAAAGAAUAUGUUCCAAGACAGUUUGAAGGGUCACUGGGGAAGCUUCAGGUAGUUAGUGUAAACUAUCCUAGAAAACUUUUGGAAACUGGCAUUCACCGGUCAAUGGAAGAAGAGGAAUCCUCAGCUAGUAAGGACCUACACGUGUAUCGAAAACUUCUACUUGACAUAGAAAAGUUGUACAGCUUGGUGUUGGAAAUAGAUGAUGAUGAUAAGCGAAGUGACACACACUCAAAAAAUGUCAUUGAGGUCAGUGAGGUAAAACAUAGUCGAGAUCAGUUGACUGGAAAACUUUUUUGUGGACUCAUGGGUAAAGGGAGUGACACAUCAGCUAAUGAAGAUUUUCUUCUUAACUUAUCAUUAGUCAGGAAAGGACGAACAUUACUUCUAAAGUCAUUGCGUUAUUUUACAAUGUCACAACAGAUGCACGUUCUUGUUAAGCUAUUUCGUGGAUUAACUCCAGUCUUGAAAAGGGACCUAAAUGACCAGCUUUUGUUGCAACAUGUGGACACAGUGAUUGAUAUUAUAAGGAAUUGUACUCUUGAAAAUUUGGUGGAUUUAGGUCAAGCAUUACAAAACUUACCAACCAUAGAAGAAGGAAAACCUAUUUCUCCAGUUAAAGAUAGAAAUCAUUAUCAAGCUGCCUUUCAAAAUAAGUUUGGAUCUAUUUUGGUAUGUCACAUGCUGAGUACAGCAGAAAAUUUGUACAGCCUUGGAUCGGAAAAGGAUUUAGAAGUUGAGGCACAAUGGACUAAAGUUAUUCUUCAUGUAGUUGAAGUGUUGUGUGUACUGUCUGAUUCUGUCAUUGUAUCAGCCCAUGUCUCUCAUCCUAAACUGCUCAACCACUUUCAGCGCUUUCCAAUAGAGCGGGAAAAGUUUGAGGCCUUAAAACAAAAGUUGGUGCUUUUAACCUGUGGUGAGCAAUAGCAUUAAAGGCUUGAUUGUCUGGGAAAGUGAAAUUGAAACUAAAAAAAUUAAGACGUUUACAGAUGAGUGUUAAAAAUCAAGAAUACUUAGAAUUGAGUUAUUUUAAAAAAUGAUAAAACAUUUUCUUUCUACUGUUUUUCUUCAAAUGUUCAAAUAACUGCAAGAUGCUGGAACCAUAAUGGUAAGAAGUAUUUUGUACUUAAUGUUUUCUUUAUUUAUCCCAUUUGCUUCUAGUUUAGACAAAGAUAUCAUUUAUCUAACCUUCCAGUGUUUGUAAGAAACAGUAGUUAAUGCUUCAUAAUUUUCAUUUUAGAUGUAUUAUCAUUUAAAACAUUGGGUUUCCACUUUCCAACCUUUAAGCAAUUUGUACAGUUUUAGUAUUAUUUAUUCUAAACUGAUGAAUAGUUUCAUAAUAAAAUUGCAAUUUCAUGUCUCUGAGGAAAAUUUAUUAUCAAUUUAAUAAUUGCUAUUACAAAAGUAGUAAACUUAUAAAUGAUAAUGCUACCACUUAAAGUUUUACUGAUAUGUUGUCACAACUAUUUUUAUUCAACUGUAAAUUUGAAGCAUUUAGUGAUACAGAUUUGUCUUUGCCUCCUAAUCUUUUAUAACCAUCUUUUUAUUUAAUGUAGUAUUGCCUUUUUCCUCUUGUGUAGCAGUUUUGAAAAAAAGAUCUAUGACAAAAUCUGUAGGCAUGUUUAUUGUUUUAAUAAGCUGUUCUGUAGAAACCAUACUGCAUUUGAUAUUACUUUUAAUGUUUUAUACUGAGCAGUUAGCUUAGUAAAUGAACAUACUUUGUACACUGAGAAAAAAAAAGUGUGUAUUUUUCAUUCAAACUACAUAUGAGAGAAGAAAGCAAUUGAUUACCUUUAUGUUAGUAUGAAAAACUAAAAGCUGUGGCUACACUGUGGUAUGUAUGGGAUGGUAAAUACACUUUUCUUUAGUUAGAAUCUAGAGUCUGCUUUUAAAGAAGGGGUAGACAAAGACAGAAAUUAUAGUUUGCUGUUUGUUGAAAUAACAUUGUAGCUAACCAAAUAAAUAUUGCUUGACUAUGUUAUUCAGAGUUACCACUAUUAUGAACAGUUUAAACAUUUGUUCUGACAAAAUACUUAAUCCUCUGUUCUAAGUAUUUUAAAUAAUGAAUUUUUGUAAUUUUUCAUUUAUGUAAUUUUUUGGUGUGUUAUGAAAAAAGUCAUUCAAUUUGUUUAUGGGAUACUGGUUUAGGUCAGCUGUUAAUCAAUGUAUGUGAAUAAGACCAUAGGUCAGUGGUCAAAGUCCCUCUAGGCAUACAUUUGCUUUAGCCUGUUGUAUAAGGGACAUGUAUGUAUUCCUAUUUAGUUUGUGUAUUGUUUGUUUGAACAAUAAGAUUUUUAUUUUUGCAUUUCUAAAUUAUGGUAAGGAAACUUGUUUAAAUAAAGUUCAUGCUGACUGCUUAAAAACCACAAUAAAAUUUAGGAUUAAAGAAAAAGAAUUACAUUAACAUGUUUUUUGAACAUAUAAAAGUGACUGAACAUGUUGCCAUAUUGUUUAUUAUUUUUAUAUAGAUGUAAAUCAAAUACGAAAAAAAUGGAGGUAGGUUUUUUUUUUUUAAUAGAAGACAUAAUACCUUAGCAUAUUCAAUCAGGAGAUACUGUUUGUUUAUUUAUAUAUAAUUAGAGCAAUAAGCUGUUGCUCUUUCAUACUUAGUGUCCCAAUGAUAACUUGCAAUUUUUACAUUUCAGUGUCAGUUUUAAACUCCUUGGUAGUUCAAAAUCGAGAAAUAAAAUUGCAUGUUCAGAUA